AUGGCUUCUUCUAACAUGCUGAUUCGUUCUCCGCAAUUGCAAAUUGAAUGGAGCAGGUCCGAGGACAAAAUUUUCGAGCUUGCUCUCGUUCAAUAUCCAGAGGGAACGCCGGAUCGAUGGUCCUUGAUCACAGCCAAGCUUCCAGGAAAGACUUUGUCUCAAGUGCUCCAUCAUUACCAGGUACUCAUCUAUGACUUGGAGUUGAUUGAAUCUGGAAGAGUUGAAAUACCGGAUUAUAAAGACAACGAGCAAGAAGGUGAUAGUUCCAGUGAACAACACCCAUCAGAUGAUUGGAAGAUCGAGUUGAUUGAAUCUGGAAGAACUGAAAUACCAGAUUAUAAACACAACGAGCAAGUAAGUGACAAUUUUAGUGAGGAACGCCCACCAGAUGAUCGUAAGAGCUCUUCUGGAUCAUCACAGCGAGAUGACGAACACGAGCAACCCAUGGAUCCAUGA